ACUCGGGUUUUCCUUCCCGAGGAAGUUAAUGCUUCGAUAUUUCUUCUUUAGGAAAAUCAUACAGUAUUUCUGGUAUAUUUGAUUCUGAAGUUUACGUUUUUUGUGAUAUCUUCCCUUCCAGAAAGGGACAUUUGAGUAACUUGAAAUACAUCGGUGUUGUGUACAUCUUGGCUUUUUUUGUUGGAUGAGUUCUAAAUAAGCAUUGUACAACAUUUUUUUUUGUCAUCGGUAACAAAAGAAUCGUGGUCGGUGUCUGCCUUCGGCCACUUCUAGAAUUCCCUUCCUUUACAGACGUUGCAGUAAACCUCCAGCAGCGCUUGCCUCUUCGGCUGCGUGGUUAGUAUUGGCCCCAUUGCGAGUUUUGCGCCGAGUGCAGAGAUCUGAGGCAGCGGCAGAACUUGGGCCUUAAGCCUGACUGCCCUGAGGCUUUCUCCGAACAACGCCUUUUCCAAUGUUUAUCUGAUCAGGACCUUGAGAAGCAGUCUAAACUUACAUUAAAAUAUCUAAUAGUAUGGAUCUUGUGUUAACUUUUUAAUCAAGUUUGAUGACCACAUUCUAAAGAACGUGUUUGCACAAAAUGCUCCAGCUGUGGCUAGUGUGAAAACGAGAAGUCAUUGGAAGUUUGCUGCUUUAGUUCAGUAUAUCAUAGAAUUCGCUUGACUCGGGUCCGAGGGGCCAAAUUGCACAGUUGGCUAUGCAGUCCUGCCCAGUACACCUCCUAUUGUGCUUUCUUUUGACAAAGCAAACGCACGAUAUCUUCCAUUUUGUUUUCGAUGCGCUUCAUUUUUAUUUCGCAACGUGAGCCUAAUAAGUUUACUAGAAAGAGAUAUGCCGUAUCGAUGUUUUUUUUUACUGACAUCCCUGUAUUUUUCACAGCUAUACCCUUUGUGUAUAAUUGUGGUUCUGACUUGGCGAAACGUUUUUAAAUUAACUUGUAGGCAGCAAUAUAUAUUCGACCAGAAAUAAAAAUUCAUUGGCGUUGGCUGGAAGGGACAUCUACUUUCGGUGGCCAUUUUAUGUUCAUUUACAGACAGUGGCAUCGUUUAAACGACAGCAGUAAACAUUUCCACACAGCUAUCAGUCAUGCUAAUGGUCUCAUAAUCCAGUGUUCUGAAUAAAGGUGUGGUUUAAUUCGCAUGCACUACUCAAUGUUUAGUGAAUUUUUAAUGCAUUGCAGCAAUUCCAGAUUUUGUAGUAACAAGCUUCUCUCCUAUUUGAGUUAAAUUGGAUUAGGCUUCUGCAGCAUCUUUAAUUUGAGGUUCAUCACUGCCAUCUAUUUCAUCAAAGUACUUCAGUUUCUGUGUUCAAACAAGAUUUAAAAGCCUAAAUUAAAAAAAAUUCUGGGUUAGUACCUUGUUCUCUUGAUCUUUGAAUUAAAUGACUAUCACACAGAAGGAUUAACUGGCUCAGAACAAGGGGUAUGAUACUGUUUUUGUGUAGUUAAUGCAAUAUUUACUUUUAAGCAAGUCCCCAGUUUGAUGUUCCUUCUGUAUCCUCAGGUAUCUUGUUUUUAAAAAAAAAUCCAAAAUUACAUGUAAUCAUGGGUUCUUUUUUGGGGGGGGGAAGGGCCUGAAAGAAGUAGUUUGCAAGCUUUUACUUUAUUCCACUAAUGUAGUAUCUCCAAGUCAUCACAUUUUCUAAUGUAUAAGAAUCAUAGACAACAGGAUAAAUAUCUGUGUUAACAGCACACAUAUGAUAAUAGUGGUGUAUCAAAUUCCACCUCUAAACCUGUGAUCAAUUAAAGUUGCUCUUGGUUUGAAAAUUGUGUACUGAGGUGCCAUUCCUGAAAUAUAGCUCCAGAAAACUUAAAUGAGAGGUGGAAUGGUGAAAGAAAGAAUUGAGGUAAAAGGUCAUUUGUCAUAUUAAAUGUGGAAGCAGGCUAUGAAUAUUUUAUGACCUCUUAAACCAUCACUGAGGAGAAUUGACGCACUUGUAAGACUGUCAAUUUGGACAAAUCAUUAAAAUUGCGGCCCUAAAUGUCCUCUUAAGUGGCUAUAUAUAUAUAAAGCACAAUGAAAAUGCAAUGUUGUUUCUUGUCUAAGUAAAUGUCAUAUUUCCCUGUCGUGAGAUUCAUUUUCUUGCCAGUAUUCACAGUAAAUACAGAGAAUCGCAAUGGAAUCAAUGAAAAACUGCUCACAAAGAUGGACAAUCAGCCAAUUGCAAACGACAAAUUGUUCAAAUGCACAAAAGAAAAUCAAAUUUUAAAAAAAUUGAGAACACGAGUUGUAGAGUCAUCAAAAAUGCCUCAUUUAAAAUGUACACGAAGUUCCGAUUGGAGCAGUGGAGAGAGUUGGGACCACCGUGACUAUUAUAGUAGUCAUAAGCGCAGAAAACGAUCACACAGCAGUGAAAGGGAAAAUAGACGGCGCAAGCGCCAUCGUCCUUCAGACAACCAUUACUUGGAAACAAAAUCUGUUAAUGAGCACAUGGAUUACCAUGACGGAAAGCAUGAAUACAGAGAUGGGUACAAAAUGGAAUAUAGGAAUGGCUGUCACAACAGAGAAUGCCGACAUCAGCGCUACUGCUAUAGUCAUCAAAAUUACAGCAAGUCAGGCAAACGUGAUAGUGGAAGGAAUGAAAAAAGUAGCCGGGAAAGACAUAGGCCUAAAAAACAUCACUCUGGUUCAAGUAAUCAUUCACACUCGAAGAGUCACCGCCAGAGGAGAACCAAGAAUGUUGAGGAUGAUGAGGAGGGUCAUCUGGUAUAUCACACUGGAGACAAACUGAAAGCAAGAUAUGAAAUAAUCUGUAAUCUAGGUGAAGGAGCUUUUGGAAAAGUUGUCGAAUGUUUUGAUUUGAAAAAAGGAGUAUAUGUUGCGUUGAAGAUCAUAAAGAACAUUGCUCGAUACCGUGAGGCUGCUCGCUCUGAAGUACGUGUACUCGAGGAAUUGCAUAGCAGAGGUGCCGAUGCAUAUGGAUGUGUACAAAUGCUGGAUUGGUUUGAUCAUCAUGGACAUAUUUGCAUUGGAUUUGAACUACUUGGACUCAGUACCUAUGAUUUCUUAAAGGAAAACAGUUUCAUGCCUUUUCCAAUGCAUCAGAUCAAGCAUAUGGGUUAUCAGAUUUGUCAUGCCUUGAAUUUUUUGCAUCAGAACAAGCUUACCCACACAGACCUCAAACCUGAAAAUAUUCUUUUUGUGAAUUCUGAAUAUCACAUAGAAUAUAACAGUAAAACGAAACAUGAUGACAGAACAGUUAUAAAUCCAGACAUCAAAAUUGUGGAUCUUGGUAGUGCAACAUUUGAUGAUGAGCAUCACAGUACUGUUGUAUCUACUAGACAUUACCGUGCUCCAGAAGUCAUCCUAGAACUAGGAUGGUCGCAUCCAUGUGAUGUCUGGAGUAUAGGAUGUAUAUUAAUUGAAUAUUAUCUUGGCUUGACGUUGUUUCAGACACAUGAUAGCCGGGAGCAUCUUGCUAUGAUGGAAAGAGUACUUGGGCCUAUUCCAGCUAGUAUGAUUAAUAGAACAAGGAAGAGCAAAUAUUUUCGUCAUGAGCAGCUAGAUUGGGAUGAACAUAGUUCUGCUGGGCGGUAUGUUAGGAAGCGCUGCAAACCUUUGAAGGAAUAUAUGACUUGCCAGAUCGCUGAACAUCAGCAACUUUUUGACUUAAUUGAAAAGAUGAUGACAUAUGAACCUUCAAAAAGAAUACGGCUAGAUCAAGCAUUGCAACAUCCAUUUUUUACACAUUGAGAAGGGUCAAGGCUGACAAAAUGAAGUUUUGUAUAACUUGUAAAUUAAUUUGACAUUCUUAAUAGGAAAAUGACUAGACUGUGUCAGUCUGCAUUGAAAUUGUAAAUAUUAAAAUGGAAGUGUUGUAAAAUUGUUCAUACUGUAAAGUAAAAAUUUACUAAGAUGCCAUUUUUUUUGGUGUUGUCAUGUGGGCAUGUGCUGACCUGUUUUGGAACCACUGUUGCUUUACAGUACAGCAAUUGUUGAAAGUUUGGUAAGCAUUUUCUUAAACUGAAGGUUUUUGUAUUAAACUACCUCAAUAAUUGGUAUGUUAACAUUGUGCAAUAAAGUUGUAAUUUUUAUUGUA